AUGAAUCAAGAAUUGAUAAAAUCAUUAGGCCUAUUCGUAUUACCGCCAACUUUUAUUAAGAAAACUUAAGAACAAAAAAAGCAAGAAUAGCUAAUCCAGUCAUAGUACAAAGAUUUUUUCAAUGACGGAGAGAAAAAAGAUGAGGAAAUGGAGCUUGAUGAUGAUGAAAAACUCAAACGAUAAAAGGAAAAGGAACUAGAAGAAUAGGAGAAAAAGAGGGAGUAGCACUUGAUAUAGCUGGAUGCAACUAAGAAACUCUACAUAAAUGAAAUGAUGAGGAGAUCAAAUAUGUUUGAUGUAAGAAACUACAUCCUUGAUUUCGAUAUGACUGAACAAGAGAAGCAAUAGAUUCAGCUGAACUAAGACAAGACUUACUUUAAGAAACUGUAAGAUGCCACCAAAAUUGAGUUUGACACUCAAGUUGUGAAUAAUUUUGCCACCAGAAGAUAACAAACUCAAAGUGUCAUAAAGAAAUUGCAAAUAAGUGAAUUUUGUGUCAGAAUAGGCUUUGUUGACAAAAUUCUUAAGAACUACAAGACUCCUAUUAUGGAACUUACUCUAAACUCAACAUUUAUUACUGCUAGUGAGUGCAUGGUAUUAGCUUCUAACCCUAGAGCGAGAGAAUUGAAGUCACUUGAUUUAUCUUGCAAUCCCAUUUCUGUUCAGGGGCUUUUGUACCUUAUCAGUCCCAAGACCUCAGCUAUUUAAAAACUCUAAAAGCUUACCCUUAUCAAUUGUGACAUUGAUUAGUCCUAGACUUAUAUGGUAUCUAACGAUAGAUUAGAAAAUGGGAAAUGCACCUUCUACUUGAGAUAUCUCAACCUCAGCCAUAAUAGCUUAAAUCUAUUUCUCAACUAUGUCACCGAAUUGGAUCUAAUCAAUACAGAACUAGAAAGUUUGCAAUUAGUAAAUUGUGAUAUCACUGAUGAGUAGAUUCUUAAUCUGAUUUAAAGCAAUAAACUCUCAAGACUAGAGCAUUUGGAUCUUUGCUCCAAUCACAUUGAAAAGACCUUCCCUCUAAUGAUGAAGUGGCUCAAGGAGAAUUGUGAUUAUCUACAGAAUGUCUUCAUUAAUGAUAAUAAAUAGAUGAAAAACUCCUAGACUAUGCAGAUUUCUAAAGGAAAGAAGAGUUCAGGCCUCCCGCUGCUAGCCAAACUAGAUCUCUCCAGAAGCCUUAGAGGAGAUCUACAUGCAAAUUAGCUCUCUUAAUCAUCUUAUCUCAAAGAUCUGAGGUAUCUUAAUCUCAGAGAUUGCAAGAUAUGCUAGAAAGGAUUUGAUGAUAUUAUAUAAAGUUAGUAGCUUAGGUCAUUAGAGUGUUUGAUAAUGAGGAAAAAUAGGGUAAGAAAUAUUGAAGGACCCUAUGGAGAUCUAGAGGAUAUUGAUGAAAAGAAUAUAAAGAAGGGUGUAAUAUAAUUAAAACUGUUAGACCUGAGAGAGAAUAAGCUGACUAAGAUUUUCAUGAGAAAUGCAAUAAGAUUUCUAAAGGAAACAGUUGUAUUAAUGUGGGAUAACCCUUUUGAUAACAUGGGUGAUUUGAGAAAAGAGUAUUAUGAUCCAGCCUGCUUAUUUAGAGCAUCUAUCGAACUUGAGGAUGAUCCUUCACUAAUCUAAAACCCACUACAUAUCUUCCAAGUUACUGAGAGAUUAAGAGAGAUGUUUGAAAAUAUUUGA